AUGAACAAUGCUUCAUCUUUAACACCAUUACAUGACAAUCAUAGUCAUAAAAGUUCAGAUAAUAUCAAUGUAAUAACAUCUGAAUCCAACAAGGACAACCCUUCCAAUAAUAAAGUACAAGGUAUUACAAGUACACUCUUAUUGGCUGUUUUUGCAGCUAUUAGUGGUACUUCUUUUCAUUUUGGUUAUGCAACUGGUGUUAUGAAUUCCCCACAAGGUGUUAUUCAAAUAUUUAUUCGUGAAAUAAUUCAUAGACGAAAUUCAAAUUCUAAUCCAAGUGAAUCAACUAUUACAUUAAUUUUCUCUUUGGCUGUAUCUAUAUUUGCUGUUGGAGGUAUGAUAGGUGGUCUAUGUGGAGGAUUUUUAACAGAUCGAUUUGGACGAAAAGGUGGAAUGCUUUUAAAUAAUAUUAUUUCAUUUAUUGCUUGUAUAUUAAUGUUUAUUUCAAAACCUCGUAAUUCAUAUGAACUUCUUAUUGUUGGUCGAUUUCUUAUAGGAUUAUCUUGUGGUUAUGGUUCAUCGGUUGCACCGACUUAUAUAAAUGAAAUAUCUCCAAGACGUUUACGUGGUACAUUGGGUGUAGUUUUUCAAUUGGGAGUUGUUACUUUUAUAUUUAUCUCACAAGGAAUUAGUUUACAUUCAGUCUUAGGUUCCACACAUACAUGGCAUUAUGCUUUAGGUUUACCAAUUGUGUUUAGUAUUAUACAAGUCAUAUUAUUAUUUAUUGUACCGGAAAGUCCAAAAUAUUUAUUAUUGAAGAAAAAUGAUUCUAAAGGAGCUGAGAAAGCACUUCAAUGGUUCCGUAGACAAUCUAAUGUUCAAGAGGAAAUAACUGAAAUGGAAGAAGAACAAAAUAAUCAACAACAUUCUGCUGGAAUUAUCAGUCUAUUUCGAACACCAAUUGUUCGUUGGGCAUUAUUUAUUACAGUAUUUCUUCAAUUAUCUCAACAAUUAUCUGGUAUCAAUGCAGUUUUUUAUUAUUCAACUGUUAUAUUACAAGCAGCUGGUUUUAAUAAAGAAAUAGCCGAAUAUACUAAUUUAAGUUUAGGUGGUGCUAAUAUUCUCGUAACAAUCCUAAGUAUUUUUCUUAUGGAUCGUGUGGGUCGACGUUUACUUCAUUUGAUUGGUCUUGGUGGUAUGAUUAUUACAAGUUUAAUACUAUUUAUUUCACUUCUUCUACAAUCAAUAAACGUUUGGAAUAAAAUUUCAUUAGCAAUGACAAUUCUUUUCGUAUGUUUUUUUGCUAUCGGUCCAGGUUCAAUACCUUGGCUGAUUACAGCAGAAUUAUUCAAUCAAGCAUAUCGUGUACCAGCUUCAAGUAUUGCUGUUCUGGUUAAUUGGUCAGCUAAUUUUGCUGUUGGCUUAGGUUUUAAACCACUUUUUACAGGUGCUUUGGAUAAAUAUACAUUUCUUUUAUUCACUGGAUUAUUAGUAAUAUUCUUCCUUUUAACAUUCUUCUUUGUACCAGAAACAAAAGCAAAAACUGUUGAUAACAUCUAUGCAGAAUUACGUACUGGACAAGUAUGGCGUCGACGCUUUCAUAUAUAUCAUUUCAAUAAUGAAGAUUACAAUACCGAACAUCAACAUUCAUUAACAACAAUUUAA